AUGGCUGCUUGCGACAAGAAGAAGGUUGUGUUCAUCAUGGGAUCAACUGGAACAGGAAAAACCAAGCUUUCAAUCGACCUGGGCUCACAUUUCCCCUCUCAAAUCAUCAACGCUGACAAGAUCCAAGUGUACAAAGGUCUGGACAUAAUCACCAACAAGGUCCCGGAAUCCGAGCGAAGAGGAAUCCCACAUCACCUCCUGGGAAUCAUCGAAGAUCCCGAAUUCGACUACUCUCCCACCCUUUUCUGCGACCAUGUCAUCUCUGCGAUCGAACACAUCUCCCAACAAGGACACCUUCCCAUCAUCGUCGGAGGCUCCAACACUUACCUAGAAUACCUUGUGGAAGAUCCCACCUUGGACUUUCGUUCCAAACAUGAUUGUUGCUUCCUCUGGCUCGACGUGUCUCUUGAUGUCCUCUUUCCCUAUCUGGACAAAAGGGUCGAUGAAAUGGCGGACGCAGGGUUUGUGGAUGAGACCAGAGAAUACUUCCUUCCUGAGGUUGAUUAUUCUGCUGGAAUAAGAAGAGCCAUCGGCGCUCCUGAACUGCACGAGUAUUUUAAGGUUGAGAACGAUGUUAAUGUGGACGAUGAAACCAAACAAGAGUUGCUCAGAGAUGCCAUGCAGAGAAUGAAAGAGAACACUCAUACGCUGGCUAGAGUGCAACUUUCAAAGAUACAACGCAUCAAUGAUGAGCGUUCUUGGGGAUUGAAUCGUAUUGAUGCUACUGAGGUAUUUGAGGCUGUUCUGAAUGGAAGUGCGUAUCAGAGUUUAUGGAAAGAUUUGGUUUUCAAUCCCAGCAAACAGAUUGUUCAGAGCUUCCUUGAAGCCUAUAUGAGUGAGAGCAAAGCUGCAGAAUAA